AUGCCACCUGUUUCUGUAAUUACUCUUUGAUUUUUCGAAUUUAGUAUCUUGGUCGUGAUCACGGUUGGGUCGCAGGUAGGUCUCGAUACAAACUUUUAUGUAGCUACUGCUCAAGCACGCUCAUACUGACGGACAACGAUCUCUAUAAUCGAUGGUUGUCCAUUUAUUUUUUGGUUUCGCGAAUAGAAAAACUUAAGCCUCAGAUUCAUGUUUCAGCGAGCAUCGCGUCCGAAGAAGAAAGAGGAUCAGAAAAGUGCCAUAAAAGGAGCCUGCAACAAAUGGCUUAUCAUCCUUUGGAUAGAAAAUAG